UAACAGGAAGCACGAGUUAUUUUUCUGCGAGCGAAGUUUGUGUGAUAAGAAGAAAAUGCAGAAUCAAAGGUCUUGGCAGGUUCAAACAUAUGAUGUGUUUGUUGGUAACUUGCCGCUUGAUACUGACCAGAAAAAGGUGUCCAAGUACUUCACAAAGUUUGGAGAGGUUCAUGCAGUCAUUGUCCGUGACAGCAACACAGAUGGCAAGAAACUGGCCUAUGUAAAGUUUUUAUGCCAAGAAGAUGCGGAAAAGGCAGUUGCAGAGUGUCAGAAUAUUGAUAUUAAUGGGACCAAAGUUGUUGUCAGGAAAGCUGAACCAAGGAAGAAAGCAGGACCAGACCGAUUCAACAAGGACGAUGCUGGCACAAAGUCAAAAGGUCCGUACGGACAGAAAUCGGAUCAGGGAAAUGCAUCAAACAUUCAAUCAAAGGAUUUACUUGAGGAAAUGGUGAUGGUGACCCAUGUCGAGUCUGCCAACUCCUUGUGGGCUCAGAUUGUCACGGAGGACAACAUGCAGCACCUCCUAACCAUGACGGAACAGCUGCAGACACUGUGUGCAGCCGCUUCCAAGAUCGCAGGUGUCCCAGAACAGAACAAGAUUUAUGGGGCUCAGUUUUCCGAGGAUCAGCAGUGGUACAGAUGCAGGGUGAAACAGAGCUUUGGCACAGACAGGGUGAAGGUGCUGUACAUCGACUACGGCAACACCGAGGAACUGAACCCCAGCUCCCUUGUCGACAUGCCGGCUAACAUAUCCUCCGUGAAGCCUUUUGCAGUCAGAUUGAUCUUCAACAACAUCAGAGUAGCUGACAUGUAUGAUAAGAAGGCUAUUAACUACCUCAAACAGACAACAGAAGGGAAAUACAUUCGUUCUGUGAUGAAACGGAAACUUUCAGACCAGACGGGCUACUAUGCCGAGAUGUUUGUGGAAGGGGAGUGUCUGAAUGACAAGAUGGUGGAGGAAGGCUAUGCUAGCUUCAGGCUGGAGAUGAAGCGUCGUGAGAUGGACGGCAACACGAGAGGUGGGGGGGGCUUCGGAACACCGACAGAGAGGGAUAUUGGAGGGGGUUACUCUGUAAACGCAGACAAAGCCUCGGGUGACUUCACUCAGAGACAAGUGUUUGAUGAGACAGGAAAAAUUCAAGUUUCGUUGCCAAACAGCGGCAGAUCCACGCCGAACUCGGACACCAACCAUGUCAACUCAGGUCAAGAUCUACGCCCAGAACUGAAUGCCAAGAUUCAGGAGUUGCAAAAAGUCAAAUAUGAGAAAGAAAAGAUCAAUGGAGAGCUGGCUAAUCUUCGCUCAAGAAUGAAGGUUCUUCAAAAUGAGUUUGCAUCAGUGUCGAACAAGAUGAUCGAGACGUCAGUCAACAAUCAGUUCCGCACUGUGCUAGAGCUUGCUGGGAAGGUCAAGAAACUCAGGUGUCAGUUUCCCGGGGUCCAGAAGACUCCAAUCGAUGAUGGCAUUGACCUUGUGAAUAGCGAGGAGAGGAUACAGAACACGUCUGUGAAGAGUCUGCCGGAUGUGCUGUCUGCACUCUCAAAGUACAGAGGGGCACAGAAAGACAUCUGCAUGCUGAAAGAUAUGAGUACAUUAGACAGUCUUGUUGAGGCAAGAAACUCGGCCAGGGAGGAGACUGUUGACAUUCUGCGAGUGUGUGUAGAGGAGCUGGAGGCGCUUCCCCUGACUGACAGGGGCAAGGCUGUUCAGGAAACUUUAGCCAAGAUACGAAAGUGCUACGACAGUUACUUCAAGUUUGUUGUCCACUCAUGUCCCUCACUAGAAACAUUCCUACCAACCUUUGUUGAGUGGAAGCAAAAGAGAAUGACUGAGUUCUCCGAGGCACGACAGAUGACUGACUCGUACAAGGAUGCCGCCAUGACAGCACUCACCAGCAUUCAGUCUCAACUUUCGUUCGACAACCUGGAGAGUUCAGAGCAACCUGAUUAUGACCUGGAAGCCCUUCUUCGCCAAUACAUUCAGGGCCUGCAGCAUGAGAUCACCGUCACUGAUGCUGAGCGGACUUCAGAGGGUGCCUUCCUGGCGGCACUGGUCCAAUCUUUGUACACUGAGCUGCAGUCUGAGAUGACCAACAUCGACAACUACCAACACCUCCUGGCCGAGUUCCGCACGAUGAAGACAGAAUGUGAACCGUGGCUUCAUGAUAAACCCUGUACAGAGGAACUGCUUGGAAUUCGCAAAACACUUCGAGGUUUGCGAUCAAAACUCCGACACAGGGUUGCUGACAGACAGGAUUUAGAGGAGAAUGAGGGUGGUUCAAGUGAGUUGGAUGAGAUCAAGAAGGACAUCAGUGCCAUCAGGACAGAGAUACACCAGGCACUCAGCAUCGAGGAUGGUCUGGUGACUGACUUGGCCAAGAUAGCUGAUGCUCACUUCCCAGAACUUAUGAAGAUGCAUCCUGAACUGGGUAUUGACAUACACCUGGAGUUCAAUGGUCUAGUUAAACCCAGCCAGGAGAUUGAACAUUAUGACCUGACACAAGAAGAGGGGGGAGCCCAGGGGCUGUAUGUGUCAACCUUCUUGGGGAAGCCUAUAUUCAUCCGGGAGCACUUGUUGUCUGACGGUGAUCGUCUAGACAAGGACGAAUGUGUCCGGCAUGCCAUAUCAUAUUCUGCAGCAAAGCAGGAGAAUUUACAAUCCGUCAUGUCCAUCUUCUUUGAUAAGAAUGCUCGUCAUGCAUAUGUCUGCACAGCGAAGAAUGGGGAGAGAUUGUCGAGUAUGGUCCACAAGGGCAAGAAGCCCCACAGAAGGACAAUACAGAUGAUCAUGAGGUGUUUAGCUAAAGCUCUUCAGUCUCUCCAUGCCAAUAACAUUGUCCAUGGGGAGGUAACUCCGCAGAACAUUCUCAUCAGAGAGGAAGAUGGCAUGGCUGAACUGAUGCAUCCUGACUUCUCGCAGACAAUGAAAGAACGCAGCAGAAAAAAGUACUCCACACCUUCAGGGAUCUCAUUCAUGGCACCAGAGUUGAAGAAUGCUAUGCUGAAAGAUGUCUUCCCAGCAACUGAUAUGUUCAACCUGGGCUUGUUGUUGCUAUGGCUUUACUAUCCUGAUGUGCACUUCAGUAUCAAGGCUGAUGCUCCGGACUUCACUGGAAUGCCUCUUGAAAAACCCGUCCAAAUUUUGCUUUCCUCACUGCUGAACAAUCUUCCCCAUCUCCGAGUGACAACAGAUCUGCUGAUGACGUCAGAGUACCUAAACAUGACCAUCCCAGAAGUAGACCCAGAGUCACAGCAACAACAACAGCAACAGCAGCAGCAGCAACAACAGCAGCAGCAACAACAGCAACAGCAGCAACAACAACAGCAACAACGAGUAUCCCAAGACCAACAGCUUGCUCCAAUACAGAGUAGUGAUUGUGAUGUUAUGUCAAAUAUUGGUUCCUUCGAUCCAAGCAUGCUUGAUAUGGGUGAACCCGACCCAGAGGCAACCAGCCAGUCCCAGUGGGUACCGGACCAGAAUCAGUUUGAUCCAGUUGAAACCACACAAAACCAUUGUGAACCAGAUCUAUCAAGUGAGAUUUUGCUUUCGAAUGGAGAGGAGGCUAACAACACUGUAGAAACCAAUGAUCAAACCGAAGCAGUCAACUCAGAUUGUGAUCAGUCUAUAUCUGUAGAGUGUGUUAAGAACACGGACACUAAUGACGUAAUGGAUUCCUUAGAGGACAAAGGGAGAGAAGCAGUUGAGGAUGGUAAUACUGAAGCUGAGGGAGAGGUCAAGGCUGAAAGUGAAGAUAAACCUGAAAACAAGCAAAACAGCAAUACCGGUGAAGGGUCUCCGGGACUAGUGGAGAUAAUGACUGGGAGGGCAUCACCAUUGACAAACACAGACAGUAUUAACCUAGAAGAUGUGGUGAAAGGGUUUAGCAAGCAGAAUUCCUUCCUGAGAGAAGAGACGAGAAGUACGCCACCCCUCUCUCAGCUGCUGAAACAGUACCACAGCCAACCCAGCACAGAAACAACAUCUCACCCUUAGAUACAGACCCACAGACUGGCAGAUCUCUUCUCUUGUGCCUUUUUUGUUUCUGUUCAUAUAAUUUCAUUAAGUGUCUAAGACGGAUCUGAGUUUUCUGAUAAAAUGGUUGCUUCAUGGGUUCAAGAGAUGACCCAUGCUGUGCAUUGUUUGUGUUGCACAGUGACAUAUGUUUGUUAAGUUGCUAUGGCACAAGCCAGAAAUGAAAACAUUUUCAAGUUACAGGACCAUAACUGAUCUCAUGUCUUACUCUGCAUUCAGUAAUGCAGAUGUUUGAUGAUCCGAGCUGUUCUUGUAUGUUGUGAGCAUAUUAACAAAGUUGCGGGAGCAAGGUACCUGAGAGAGAAGCAUCUGUACUUUCCUCAAAACAGUUGCUGCCAUGCUCUGUGUAGUGUUACAUCAAAUGUCAGUAUGUAUUGGGGUUUUAUCAUGGGUUUCAAUUCCAGGUUCAACAAUUUUGUGAUUUUGGUCUUUCAGCUCAGAAAUGUUAAAUGUCUGGAAAAAGUCAUUUUGACAACAGACAUGUUAUGAAUGAAAGGCUGUUAAAACCUGCAUUAAGCCCCGUCCACUUCCUCCCCAGAGCAUGCCUUGGUCAACAGGUUUGGUCACACCGGUGACUUGAGGUGGCCCUGUCUUCUUUGGUGCUGCAAUUUUCAGUGUAGAGUUGCUUCCCAUAGUUACAUAGUCACUUGACACGUCUCUCAAUCACAUAAGUAAUUUGAACAGCUAAGUUCAGGGUUGUGUAAUUCAAAU